AUGAGGACAGACUCUCCAGGAGGAAGAGCAUUGUGGACACAGUAUCUAUUCAGGUGGAUAUUCUGCCUGGCAACAACACAGAGGAUAAGAUUGAUAAUACUGAAGAAAUCACCUUUGAAGCUUUGAAGAAAGCAAUUGAUAACAAUGGACUUGAAGAACAGGAAAAAGAAAAAAGGCGUCUUGUGAUUGAAAAGUUCCAAAAAGCGCCAUUUGAAGAAAUUGCAGCACAAUGUGAAACAAAAGCAAACUUGCUUCAUGAUAGACUUGCACAGAUACUGGAACUCACGAUUCGUCCUCCACCUAGCCCCUCAGGAACAAUGACCAUUACUGCUGGACAUGCCCAUUACCAGUCUGUUCCAGUCUAUGAGAUGAAGUUUCCAGAUCUUUGUGUGUAUUAA